AUGAUGGCGAGAAGGUCCUCGUCGCGGGGAGGGCAAGCCGGCGCCUUCCCCGCGGCCCUGUCCGCGGAGCAUCGCGGGAGCUUCCGCGCGGACGACGCCGAGCGCAAGGCGCACCACCCCUCCCUCCACAAGAUCCCCCGCGGCGCGCGCGUCGUUCUUUUAGCCGGCACCGUUGUAAUCACGCUCCUUGGUUUUGCCGCGUUUGCGCUCUCAGGGUCUUUCCGCCAAGCCCUGCUGAGUCAGCUCCGCCCAUCCUCCGCCAACCCUUCCGCGGACCUCGCGCUCGACGUCGAUUCCGGAGCUAUUGCCCGCGGGGAUGCGCAGAUGGCGGAGGAGGGAAACGGGGAGGUCCUCGCAGCGGAAGGGGAAGGUGAUAGCCCAGCGGAAGGAGAGGGCGGAGCGGAAGGGGGAGGCGGGACAGAAGGGGAGCAACAAGCGGAAGCGGCGCAAGAUGGGGAAGAGGGGACGCGCAGGAAUGAGGGCAGGCGGAGGAAGAACAGGGGCAAGCGGAGGAGGAGGCGGAGGGCGGUUCGGGGCGAUCGCGACAAGUGGGUUACCGAGUUACGGAAGAAGCCGUCGUGGCGAAUCGUCAGUGGCUUCCAGGUGGGUGCUGCUUGCUCGAUCUGGUGCGACUGGCUUGCUCCUGCCCCCUACCCACCUACCUACCAGGGCGUGCCAGCAACUCAUCUCGUUGCGGCAACUCACCUCAUCGCCGACUCAAACUCCCUCGCCUGUGCUCUCGUGGUCCGCCGCGCCUGCCACUUCUGGUCGCCCAUCGGCCUCCCCAACCCCUCUUCUUCCUCCACUGCUACUGCUGCUGGCACUGAUGCUGCUGAUGGUGGUGCCGGAAGUGACAGUGGGGGCAGAGUCACCACGACGACCCACGGGCACUACAGUGGGUACUGGUACAGCAUGGACGGCAGGGAUUUGUCUCUUCUGCGCUCCAGUGGGCAGCAGGUGGGCGGCAAGUGGGCGGUAGGUGGGCGGCAAGUGGGCGGCAGGUGGGCGGCGGAGGAAAGAGUGGGCAGAUGUGACCUUCCCCGGGUGGCAGCUUCCCAGGCAGGUACCAUCGACCCCUUCCUGCCACCGGAGUGGGUAGAUGUGACCUCCCCCGGGAGGCAACUACCCAGGUACCGCCGGGCAGUGAUGUCGCCACACGACUCGUUCCUGGGCCACUUCUGGGAGCGCGUGGGCGUGCUGGCGGAGCUGCUGCUCGCCCUCCACUCCUCCCUCUCCCUCCCCCCGCCCUCCCCUCCGCCCUCCCCCAAUUCCCCGCCUCCCCCUCAUGCUUCUCGCUUGACUGGUGAUGGUCUAGGGGGUGGGGUGGGGGAGGAGGGAGGGGAGGGGGUGGAUGGGGAAGAGAGUAGUGGGGGUGGUGGUGGUGGUGGUGGGGAGAGUGGGGCUGCAAGAGGAGGGGAGGGAGAGGAGGAGGGGGGAGUGGGGGAAGGUGCAGAGGAGAGGGAUGGUGUUGCUGUGUCCAUCACUGCUUCUUCAACUGCUGCUGAUGCUGAUGGUGCUACGGAUGCUGCUGCUGCUGGUGCUGCUGAUGCUGGUGCUGAUGCUGGUGCUGAUGCUGGUGCAGAUGGUGGUGCGUUCACGCCAGUGGUGCUGACUCCCUCGCCCCUCACGCACACUGCAGUGAUGUUUGGCACCGACAUUGAUGUCGGCACGUUCGCCGGCAAUUUAAGCCGCAUUCUCUUUGGCGCCGCCACGCCUCUGAUUCCCGGCCGCCGCCUGCACUGGGGGGACGAGCCCCACCUGUGCUUUGGAGAGGUCGUAUUCCCUCUGCACACCGCCUAUUCCAUGUGA